AUGGACACAAAAUUUAAAAAUGACAUAAAAAAAAGGUUUUCUAAAGAUCGAAAAUUAUCACAAAAUGUUUUAACGGAAUGCGAGCGAAAUUCUGGCUUAUGUUCAUUGAUUGAUAGUAUAUGCACUUAUUAUGAAGCGUCAGAAGUCAACGACAAAAAUGCUGAACCUGAAGCAGGCAUGAAAAGGAAAAAUCGACUUCAGGGUGAAACUGGAGACUUGGUUUAUGGAGUAUUAGGACUCUCGUUUCAGUCGCCCAUGAGGAAGCGUUUCGAUACAUAUAUAUACGAACGCGGUAUCAGCAUUACUAUACCCGGAGAAGAAAACUCAGUUGAGCUUUGGCUACCUUGGACAAAUAUUCAUUUCGUUUGUCAUAUACCUGGGCCCCGAAAAGCAAACGUUCAGAAUAACAUAAUCAUAUUUAGAAAGAGCAACUUAAAUAACAAGUCUGUUCUAGAGGACGCAACCGCUGAAGGGAAUGAACCCAUACUUUUUACUGCACCGCAUCCUUUGGAAAAGCUGAAGCUAGUAGAAGGCAAACGUUCGUUUACUUAUUGCACAAAUUCUUGGGAUAUAUUUAGAGACUUCUUUGAAUAUGUAGGGAUAAGUAUCGUUGCUCCAUCCCAAGAAGAAUUUGUUUGCCCUGUAGCUCAAACCGGAGACAACGGGGUUUCUUACGGGGUAGAAGCAAAUUACAAAAACAAAGAUGGCUACUUAUAUUUUUUAAAGAAAGGAGUCCUUUGGGGAUUUCGUAAACCCAUGUUGUUUAUUGAUACUUCAGAUAUUCAGAAUUUUUACUAUAGUAAUGUUUUACAGAGAACGUUUUCAAUCAAUUUUGAAGUGAGGAAUACGAUUCUAUCUUUCGAUAUGAUUGAUCAAAGCGUUUUUCAAGCCUUAAAUGAGUAUGCAACAACGCAUGGCUUGAUGGACACCAGCUUAGCAGAAGAAAAGGCUGCACCUCCUACGAAAAAUCCCACUACCUCGUAUUUGCAAGAGGCUGAUGAAGAUGAGGACAAUGGGUCAGACGACAACUACUCAGACACAAAAGAAGUUGAAGAACAAGAACAAGAACAAGGACAAGGACAAGGACAAGAAGAAUCUGAUGACGGCAGUGAAACUCUGGAAUCCAAUGAGUAA